AUGUCUAUCCCUCCGAAAGACGUCGUUCUCAUCGUCCUGGCUGCAUAUGUCCCUUUGGGACUUCUGAGCGUUCGGGGUAUUCCUGAAUCGUUACAGCGCUUCUACCUCGCCAAUGCGCUUCCUCUCAUGCUUCUAAGCCAUGUAGUUCCGAUUAUUACCCUGGCAUUUACACGACCAUCGUCAUUGCUGCGAGUGGCCGUACUGCCGCUCGCGUCGGUCGCUAGCGUAUGCUUUCAUCGACUGGCUCCGGAGGUCUUUCCAGGCCGCAAUCAAGCAGGUGGCUUAGACGGUCCGUUCAUGCUCAUGUUUCUGACCGUUGUUGAUGUCUUUGGACUGCGAAAGCUGUACUUGAAUGACCGUGGAGUGGAGAGAAGUGGCAGACAUGAAGCUGGGGAGGAGGAGAAAGGGAUGGACGGAAAGACUUCCAUGUUGAAAGCGAGUCUGCAGAGCCUCUGGAAGAGGGUGACGUGGGCGACACAUGUCAUGUUCAGCUAUCGAGCAAUUGGGACGACCCGCCAAAUGCCGAACAUACCAACUUUUUAUCCGGAGGUCCCCUCUCGCUGGCGCUUCAUCUGGAACCAGAUAGUCGCCUGCCUCGUGGAGUACCUAGUGCUGGACCUUCUGGCAAACGUUCGAUUAGCUCCGAUGGAGGCGUUCACCCAGGAACGAGCAUCACUCCUUCUGUCACCCCAAUUCUGGACACUUCCAGUUUUGGGUCUCCGGACAGUCAGAACGUUCUUGUUCUGGGUCGAUCGGUACACGACCGUUCGGUUCAUCUACGAUGCUGCCAGUAUCUUUGGCGUCGCGUCGGGCCUCACCAGGCCCGAAGACUGGCCCCCGUACUUUGGAAGUAUCUGGGAAGCAUGGACUUUGCGUCGCUAUUGGGCCGUGUUUUGGCAUUCUGGCUUACGAAACCCUCUCGCAAGCAACAUUGGAUUCAUUGUCUAUGAUGUCCUUCGUUUGCGUCGACACUCCACUGCGGGACGAAUGCUCACGGUAGGGCUGACGUUUGGCCUCAGUGGAGCUAUUCACCAUUUUGUGGAUGAGGCUACCGGCAUUCCUGGGGCAGAUAACUGGGCCAUCCCCACCUUCUUGAUACAGGCGUUUGGUAUCACCGUCGAGGGCUUGGUCCAGCAGGCUUACCAUCAACUGACAAGCCCAAAGAUUCCAAGCAGUUAUGGAAAGCAUAAGGGUGUAACGGCUAGGACGGUAGAGCCCCCUAUAACAUGGCAGCGUAUUGUGGGCUACAUUUGGGUAGCAUUUUGGGUAUUGUACACGGUCAGCCCGUAUGCUUACUCCUACUCUCGCAACCCCCCUGAGCCGAUGUUUCCCAUCAGUGCUAUUCGAUCACUGAAACAGUUUCUCGUGUAA